CGGAGCGGUGGCCCCGCCCGGUACGCUGGAAGACGAAGCUUCCAGGUAGCUGUCCGCAGGGUCUGACCCAGAGUACGACGGGGCAGCCGGCGGGAGCCCACGGUCCCUGGGCGGCCUCUUUAAGGGAGGGGGCGGAGCCACGUGGAAGGAUCCCGAGGCUCCAGACUUCCUGAGCCCAGGUACCCCCAGCUCAGUGCAGCCAUGAGUGCCGAGGUGAAGGUGACAGGGCAGAACCAGGAGCAAUUUCUGCUCCUGGCCAAGUCGGCCAAGGGGGCAGCGCUGGCCACUCUCAUCCACCAGGUGCUGGAGGCCCCUGGUGUCUACGUGUUUGGGGAACUGCUGGAUAUGCCUAAUGUUAGAGAGCUGGCUGAGAGUGACUUUGCUUCCACGUUCCGGCUGCUCACGGUGUUUGCUUAUGGGACGUAUGCUGACUACUUAGCUGAAGCCCGGAAUCUUCCCCCACUCACAGAGGCUCAGAAGAAUAAGCUUCGACACCUGUCAGUCGUCACCCUGGCUGCCAAAGUCAAGCCCCAGCCCGCCCUCGGGCCCCAGUGUAUCCCAUACGCAGUGCUGCUGGAGGCCCUGGCCCUGCGGAACGUGCGGCAGCUGGAAGACCUCGUCAUCGAGGCCGUGUACGCCGACGUGCUGCGCGGCUCCCUGGACCAGCGCAACCAGCGGCUGGAGGUUGACUACAGCAUCGGGCGGGACAUCCAGCGCCAGGACCUCAGUGCCAUCGCCCGAACCCUGCAGGAGUGGUGUGUGGGCUGCGAGGUGGUGCUGUCGGGCAUCGAGGAGCAGGUGAGCCGCGCCAACCAGCACAAGGAGCAGCAGCUGGGCCUGAAGCAGCACAUUGAGAGCGAGGUCGCCAACCUGAAAAAAACCAUUAAAGUCACAACAGCUGCCGCCGCCGCGGCCACGUCUCAGGACCCCGAGCAGCACCUGACGGAGCUGAGGGAACCGGCUCCAGGCAGCAACCAGCGCCAGCCCAGCAAGAAAGCCUCGAAGGGCAAGGGGCUCCGAGGGAGCGCCAAGAUUUGGUCCAAGUCGAACUGAAGGGACUGUCGUUUCUUCCGGGAUGUGGGGUCCUAGCUGCCUGCCUGCCCCUUAGGAGUCCUCAGAGAGCCUUCCUGUGCCCCUGGCCAGCUGAUAACCUAGUUCAUGACCCGUCACCUCCCUUCUUCUCUCCCACACCCCCAGGCAUAGACCACACCAUCUCUGGGGGGAGGCAAGUACAAGUCGUGUUUUUGUUGGUACUUUUUGUUUCACGUAACUUUCUUGUGUGUCCCAUUGUCCCCUCUUCCUGCCACGCUCCCUCCCCUAUUUCUUUAGGAGUCAGCGUCUGUCCCUGUUUAUUAUACAUCACUGAGUGGGUGGGGCUGCCGUGUCUCCAGCAUAACCCACACGUGAUCCCUUCCCCUUCCUCCGCCCCAGCCCUGCAUGCCCAGCCUCCUGCCCACCCGCCUGUUUGGGCAGCAUCUGAAGAGCCAUAGGGCUCCCACCUUUAUUCCCACCCUGAGAGUUCUGGGAGCCAUUCUAGGAGUCACUGGACACUCACAUCCUAGAAUCCUGUCACUCUGCAGUUGUUUCCUGUCCUCUCUCCUCCCCUUGGGUCCUGGGAGUGCUGCUGCUUCAAUGACCCCAGAGCCUCAGAGCAGCUGUUUCUUGAGCUGUUGUGAGAUGGUCCUUUCUUGGCCCUGGCAGUCUUAGAAAGCCUGAUGGCAAUCCUGGAAGGAUUUACACUUCCUUCUGUGAGUUUUGUGUGGAAGGGCAGGGGAUAUAGAUUGUAUAAAAAGAGUAUAUAUACGUAUAUCUAUAUAUAACAUGACACAGAAAUAAAUCUAUGAGAAGUCUAUCUACAAACACGCCCUGAACUGGGUGUCUUCUGUCUUUGGUGUUUGUGGAUGGGAAGAAGGCUCAUUCCCAGUCCGCUCUAAAGCAAAGUGCCGGAAAAACAAAAGAACCAGGUACUGGAGACCUAGAUCGUGGGCCGUUUGGCUCUGGCCAGAUCGGCUCAGCAUCUCGGCAUUCUUUAAGAGGCAGUGGAUGCUCACCGAGCACCAGCAUGUGGUAGGCUCUGGAGGUCCAAAGCGAUGGGCACUGUCCCUGCUCUCAAGGAGCUUGAGUUCAGCCUGUUUCCUUCCAGCUUAUAGAAUUGUAGGCGGAAGAGUUGAUAGUAAACUUCAGUUUUUGCAUCAGUACCACACAGGACUCUCCCAUCUCAGUAAGAAGCAGCAGUCGGGCUCCUGUCCCCGUCCAAGGCAGAGCGUCCAAGCAGCAUGCUGGGAGGAUUAGUCUCCUUGGCUCAGCGCACUGCUGCGCACGCGCUAGAAUUGGGAAGCUCUAGUGUAAGGGACAGCUGCCCCCGCCCCCCGCCCCCUCCCGUGCAUGAGAGGCGAUUGCCUCCUGAGGGUCCCAGUGUUGACUGAGUUGCCCUCCCGAGCUUGUGCUGUCCUCUAGGUGGAGAUGUAGGACAGACUACUGUUUACUGGUCCUAAAGGUGUCAGUUGUAGAAUUGGAAGUGGGGGUAGAUCCCGAGUUUUCGGUUAAAAGUGGUCCGGGUGAGCCAGUUAUCUUGCAGGGCAGCGGAGACUGAAUGGGACCAGUCCAGUGGGCCCUGUCUCGGGAAUUGACACUGUUGGCCUCUUGCUUUAGCUUUGGCCUAGGCUAGCCUGUUGAGCCUGUUGCAUCUUGAGUCUAAGUCUCUGAAAUAAAGCCCUUCUUCCUCCCACACCGUCCACUGUGCAGAAGUCACUAACUGCUGGUGCUUCGAGCCUGUGCCCCCUUUCCCUGCCCAGGCCCCAUUUUUCUCUUGAACUUUAGUAUCUCAUUUUCCUGUAAGCUGCUUCCAGCCCUGACUCCACAACUGCCCUGAUCUGUCUAGUGCCGGCCUUCCGUGGGUGUCUCUACAGUCUGGUGUGGGCUGGGCUGGGACUGCCUGGUCCUCCACCCAAAGAGGGAGGAGGCGCCGUUCACAGCCCCAGGGACAUGAACAUGCAAUUUGUCUUUGAUUUACAAAGACAGGGCUCUUGGCUCCCAAGGCUUGGAGAUGGGGGAGUGGAGUAUUUGGGGGCUGGUUUUGACCAUGGAAUUUGGUUCGGGAUUUAGGGAUUCUGUGCAUAACCAAGCCUAGGGCACCAGGAAGAUUCUCCCAACCAAGAGUCUUAUCAGCACUUGCACAUUCUCACAUGCUGAUCCCUACUGUACAGCAAUCUCAGAGGAGCUCAGGGCUGGACCACUCUGGUAGGGAGGAAGAGGAAGAGAACUUGGCUUCCUGUGAGUUCAGAGUUCGUGCACAUGAAACAGGUGACACUUAGAAGGUAAAGACAAAGUCUCCACAGCUAAAAAACAUGACUGCACUGGGGCGCACCUUUAUGCACAAGAAGAGCAAAGGCAAUGUCUAUAGUCAGUGUUUCACGUGAUCCUGUUAAAGAGGGGUUAGAAAUUCUCUGCUUAGGUUCAACUUCCAACAUGGGUGGAGAGAAGGGAGUUCAGCGGGGCAAGUCUAGGCAGUGUAUGAGUUCUCUUGCUGUGUAACAAAUUACCCUGAAACUUAGUGGCUUAAAACAACACACAUUUAUUAUCUCAGUUUCUAUGGUCCGCGAAUCGGCACAACUAAGUUGAGUUCUCUGCUGAGUUUUCAGGGUCCCUCCCGAGGCUACAGCACAGUGUUAGCGGGGCGUCUCAUCUCAGGGUUCCAGUAGGAAGGACUUACUUCCAGGUGAUUGUCAACAGGAUUCAUCAGCUUUGGGUGGUCAGACUAAGGACUUCAUUCCCUGGCUUACUGUAUGUCAGAGGCAGCCCCGUUCAUCAGAGCAAGAGCCAGAGAGAAGAUAUCAGCAAGGUGAAAUCAGUCUUUUGUAACCUAAUCACGGAAGAAACAUCCCAUCAAUUUUACUAGUCACCAGGUUCAGCCUAGUGACUAUCAGAAGGCAGGGAUCAUUGGAAGGCAUGUCAGAAGUUUCCUACCUCAGGCAGUGUUUCUUUGGUCCACCGGCAUCAGAAUUAUCAGGGGAGCUUUUGAAAAUGCAUAUUCCUGGACCCCAGUUCCUACUGAAUUAGAAUCUCUGGGAUUGGACUGAAAAUGGGACUUCACUACCCUCAUUGACUCAGCUCUGAGCUGUGAUGUCCCAUUUAUAUAAGCAGACUUGCCCAGAUUAGUGCCACCUUAGAUCAGCUGAAAAGGCUUCUACUGCAGGGCCUUGGAGGACGGGUGAGGAGGCCCUGGGUCACCAUCUGGAAAAGAAUGAUGAGCAAAGGUGAAACUUUGAGUACAGGGCGUGAGAGAGGACUUGUCCUGUCUCUGAGGUUCUUAAGUAUAUUGUUAUAUAAUUAAAAGAAGUGUGAUAAGUACUAAGACGUAUAGGGUGACAUGAAAGCGCUUACCAGGGGAUCUACUUGCCUGGGGUCAGGAAAGCCUCCUCCCAGGAUGUGACCUUUAAAUUGAAAUUAGAAACCCAAGUAGCAGUUAACCUGAUAAAGGGGAGGGAGGAUGAGCAAUCUGAGUGGGAAGAAAAGUGGGAUGAAGGCCUAGAAGCAGAAAGGUUUCAUCCUGUGGACUACUGCAGCUCCCCUAAAAUGAAAUGUGUAAUGUGGGGCAUGCGUGGGGAAUCCCGUCCUAUACUUUUACGUAUUGUUCAUCUGUCCAAUCAAUUGGUAAAUAUAUCUUGACUGAAAAAUCUGAAAUAAUACAAACCAUAAUGCAUAUAUUAUACUUCUGGGCAUUGGGAUUUUGGGUGAUUUUUGUCUUUUUGCCUGUCUCUAUUUUCCAAUAUUUCUAUGAUAAUUUCUAAUAAUAAAUAAUAUUAUUUAUUACUAAUAAAUAAUAUUUAUUAAGUGCUUACUGUGA